UAAAAAUACACAUCACAUAUGAUAGAAAAUCAUCGUCGACCAUUGGGUCCUAUUAGGGCUAAAAGCGACCUUGGCCGGAAACUUAAAUAGCAACCCUCGUAUUUUUCUCGCAAACAUCUGUGUUCCCGUCACACUAUAAUCUCAUUGAAAGCGGGGAAAAUACCAUGAAAAGGAAUCGUUUCUCAGAUACAAGACUACAAUGCUACCACUCGCAUCUAUGCAAGUGAUCCUCCAGGCCCUCCUGAUGCUCGCGAGUGCUGCUGUUCAGAGUCAGAGUCAGAGUAAGACAAAAGGGGAAACGAGCUCCAAUCCACCCAAGGAGUUUAUGACCUCAAUGGCAGACCGAAUGGAGCUGCUCCUGCUGGACAGGCAGCUGAUCUCAAACCUCGUGCAAUAUGCUGAAGAGUUGCAGAAAAAAGUCGACGUUCUGCGGAGAUUUGCAAAGGCGAUGCGCAUACCCCUUAAGGGAGCGAAGGGCAGGGAGGAGGAGUACCUAUCGAAUCCGCUGCACAGUUUCCCACUCAUCCGACACAUGCACGAGGACUGGCGCCAUUUAGAGAAGUUCAUGCGGCAGCCUGUGGGGCAGGAUCAGAUUAAUUUCCUCAAAAACAAGGCAACGAAAUUUCCUUCAGUAGAAGAGACCGAGGAUGCCACGGAGGCUAUUUAUCGGAUUAUUCGUACCUAUGAUGUGGGGCCAGGGGAUCUCGUCCACGGGAUAAUCGAAGGUGUGCACUACAACAGUAGCAUUUCAGUCAUCGAUUGCUUCUCUCUUGGGAAACUGCUUUUCCAUUGGGGAGAGUACGGAAAAGCUGCACAAUUUCUGGCCUACUCGUUGGACCUGGUAAGACCAGAGCAUUAUUCGGUCCUUCAUGUGCUGGGAUUGACUUCAAGUGAGGUCUUCAUGCUACUGUCCCGCUGUUUCGUGGAGCUCGACCUAGAAGAUAACGCUCGAACGAUGAUAACAGACCACCCUGAUCUGGCAGAGCACUCGGAGCGUCUGCUCAACUUCUACACAAGCACGAGACACGUCCCAGUUUCGGAGGAAAUGAAGCCCAUUCUGGACGAGGAAUUCAAUCAGAUCUGCCGCUCCUCGCACCAAAAUAAACCCUCGCGCCUGCACUGUCGCUACAAUGCCACAACCACACCCUUCCUGCGCCUGGCCCCGCUACGGAUGGAGGAGCUGUCGCUGGAUCCUUAUAUCGUCGUCUACCAUAAUGUCCUCUCCGACGCGGAAAUAGCCGAAGUGGAGCGCGUUGCAGAGCCGCUUCUGAAAAGCAUUGGCGUGGGGGAGAUGGACAACAGUAAAAAGAGCAAGGUGCGCACCGCCCUGGGAGCUUGGAUCCCCGACGAAAAUAUGCAUGUCUCCGGCUGGCCGGUGCUACAACGUAUCCUCAGACGCAUACACGACAUCACCGGACUGAUUAUAAAGCUGGGCCAGGUCGUGCAGCUGAUAAAAUACGGCUACGGGGGCCACUACGACACCCACUUCGACUACCUUAAUGCCUCCCUUCCGAUCACCCAGGCCUUAGGUGACCGCAUGGCCACUGUCCUUUUCUACCUUAACGAUGUAAAACACGGCGGCUCCACUGUCUUUCCGCAACUACAACUGAAGGUCCCCUCGGAGCGGGGCAAGGUCCUCGUCUGGUACAACAUGCACGGGGAGACGCACGAUCUGGACAGUCGAACCCUUCAUGGUUCUUGCCCCGUCAUCGAUGGCGCCAAAACGGUCCUGUCCUGCUGGAUACACGAGUGGGAUCAAAUGUUUAUCCAGCCCACCUAUCAUCCAGGGAAUAGAUCGUUUAUCACUUAGAUUAUGGAGCAAUUGUAAGGCUAAGGCUUAGAAGAGAUCAUAUAAAAGAGAUCGAUGCGAGUGAAAGAAGCGAGUGUGCCGGGGUUUGGCGCAUGGGGCUAGCCCCCAAGUAUAUAACAACAAUUUUCAAAAGUAAAGCCGCUAUAUCAUUUCCACCAACUGA